UGGGAAUUGGCCAUUGGAAUGGAAUGAAAAAAACCAAAGAUUCGAGAUAAGUUAUUAUUUCAUUUUUACGGCAAUCUGUAUGAUAAUCUGUAGCUGCUAUUCGUUGUUCACAUUGUUGGAUAUCAUAAUCGAAGAUGAUUCCAUCAUCAGUAGUCCACAAUAUUUAAUCAUUUCUAUGGUGUACUUGAAUCUUGGAGUUUUGGUUUUAAACAGGUUGAUAAACGCCAGGCACAGCGUGCGUUUCGCCGAAGAACUGAAACGCGACAGCGGCCGGACUGUGGAGUCGGGCAGACACCUACCGGAGUUCUGGCUCCGGACGGCCGUGUCCGCGGCGUUCCUAGGCAUGUUGCACUACAAGUACCGCAAGUUUACGGACAUGUCGACUACCGCCAUCGUGGUGCAAACCACAUUACCGCUGGGCUGUUGUGUGUACGCCGGCUCGACGAUGGAGGGCCAGUACACGGCGGCGUGCGGCGCGCUCGCCCAAGAAUUCGCCUCCGUCAACUCCCGGGCCAGGGGCCUGCGCCGUGACCUGCAACCGGACAUCCGCCGCGACCUCCGUGACCAGUGGGCCGCGACCGAGCGGUUGGCUAGGCUAUCAGACGCUCAUUGCCGCCUCGUCAGGCUCGUCCGGUUGUUCAAUGACGAGUACGGUGCGCCCAUAUUCUUCACCACGGCCGGUCUUCUCCUGAGUCAGAUAUACGCAUUGAACGACAUCGUGUCAGUGGUCUUCGUCAGCGACACGUUCGAGGCCACGUACGAGUGCUACGCUUACGUGCUCGACGCGUUGACGUGGACGUUCGCGUGGGUCCGGCUCUGGUGGAUUUGCUACCGGGCUGACGAUCUCACAGGACAGGUUCACUUGACAGCAAAAAUAAUGCUUGAAAAUGAUAUAAACUCGUACACAGAAAAUACAAGAAAAAUGGCACUAGAUUUCUUAGACCAAUUGCUUCAUCGUCACGUGAGAAUUACGGCGUGGGGGUUCUACGAUGUAAAUAAGGAAUUACUGUUCAUGGUGUUAGGUUAUCAAUUUGGUUUGUGUUUGAUAUGCACUCAAUUUACGACUUCGGGCAUACAACUAGUUAAUAAUCUAACGACAGUUCAAAAGAAUUCCACAUAUUCUAUGGAAAACUAACACCUAAUGAAACAAUAAACAUUUUUAAAAAAAUAAGACAUAUUUUUCAGUAGAUUGUAGCUUAACCUAACUGGCUAUACCUACCUACCUAUAAAUAUCUCUUUUUUUUA